CAGGAAAAGUGUUUUUGCGUCAAGAUAAGUAUAUUUAGCCAUAGUUGUAUACAAUUCAUCUUCCUCUAAACGACGUACUUAAAGGCACUUCAUUAUUGUUGUUGUAGAUUUGUAAGCCCCGGGUGGGCGAGAAAGCGUUGAAGAGCAGAAACAUAUGGAAGAUAGCAAAGGAGUUGGGACACAGUACAAGCAUCAUUAUUUCCUGCGUGCAGCGUUUAGAUUCCGGGGAUCAGCCUUGCAAAGAGCCUUACCAUGAAGUUCCAACUAUAUCGAAUUUGAAUCAAGAUUAUGGAGCUACCUUUUGCUACACGAUUAACUCAGCGGUAGGUAAGCCUGAUGAGAAGUCCGUGCAAAUGGGAAGAACUGAGUCUACGGUGAUAGAAAUUCAAGUAGAACCCGAUGAGUAUUCUGAUUACGCAGUCACUCCGUCAAUCUACGUGUCUAUUCACGACAGAAAGAAGGAAGAAAAUCCCUUUUUCAGGGGAUACAGACUCAUAGCUGGAACCAAGUACAUAGCACAAAUAACUGACGUGACUGAGAACCGAUUGAUGCCUCCGCCUUAUGAUACAAAUUGUACUGAUUACCUAAAAACGUGGAAGGAAAACGGAGGACAUGGUCCUCUCACGGCCCAGGAGUGCACCGAUUACUGCAUCAUUCAAUACUUACUGAAACGCAAUCAAUGCAUCCCAUAUAGCGUCACUUUUUCACACAACGAACGACUCUGUGAAGAUGAAAAUGAAAGAAUCCCGUUUGGCAUCGAGAGCAAUUGCUCCGAAACUUGCAACAACCCAUGUUUUUCUCGUUCAUACGAAGUGAAUUAUGUGAAGGAUAAUCCAAUUUGGUGCACGCAUUUUCCUUUGAACCCAAGUAAAUGGUGCAGUCGAUCUCGAAUCAACUUGACUGUUUCAUUCACCAAGUUUCGGUUGCUUAAGACGAGCAACGAUCCAAGAAUGCAGGAUAUUGAGUUCUUCAGCAACGUGGGUGGCUACCUAGGCAUGUGGAUCGGCAUAUCCUUGGUGGACGGCAUCGAUUUUCUUGGAUGUGUCUACCUUGUGAUUUAUUUCCCGAUUUUGCGCAGAAGGUUCAAAGAAGCUCAAAAGAAAAAGGAACUGGAAAGAAAAAUGGCCAAGGACAGGCAAGCAGUCUCCUCCAUUCAAAUGUUCAAUACUAGGGCUCUUUCAACCACAUUCGCAACACGGCCAUAAAGCUUUGCUAUAUUUGAUUUGUACGUAAACAAAAGUGAUGCAAGGAAUCUUUUGGCCCUUUUCUCUGUUAAUAUUUGCCUCAAUUUUUGUUGUUCUUUUUAGCCAGGAAAGAAAUUUUUAACCGGUUCAGCAAGCCCUGCUUGAAAGAAGAAAAAGCACGUUUCAAAAUCGGUGAGCGUCAGAAAAUGAAAAGAGGAUAAAUAGUCCCAAUAAAAUAAUUUUAUUAAUAGAACUUCAAUAUUUUGUAAUCCUUUAAAAUGCAAAUGACAAGUGUUUUGAGCUUGCUACACACUCUUCAUCAGCGCAAUUCACAAAUAAUAGAAAAGAUGAAAAAACAAGUGGAAAUGAAGCUAAUGGCAAACAAAUUUGCUCACAGAUAGCAAAGCAAAACGUGAAAAAAUAAAGAGAUUUAGAUCAAGGCAAGUGAAAACAAAGUCUAUAGUAGAAAUCAGGAAUAGUAUCAUAGAAAAAAGGGUUUUAUACUUUGUUUUCACUCUAUAAUUCUUACAACUCGACAAACAACUUUAAGCUUUCUUAAACACAUUUAAAGAAACAGGACAUAAUCUUGCUCCUCAUAAUAUAUCAAAACUAUAAACAUCCUGGAUCUGAAAUCAGAUUACUGUGAUAGUUAAAUACUACCGCAGUGAUAGUCAAAACUAAAAAAAUAUCAAAUUAGCCGAGCAUAAUCAUUACAAAAUGUUGCCUUUUCGCAAGAGAUUGAACAAGGCAGAUGCAGCACAGAAUUGAAAUCAUGAACAGAAAAACUAACAUUAAUAUGAGUUAAACGGUGAUAUAGAACUCAUAAUAAUUCUUCAAAAAUAUCAGAUCAAAGUAAUAAAUAAUCUGGUUUGCAUGGUGCAUUGAAAUAUUCCUGAUUUUACCCCUUUCAACCUCUUACUUCGAAUUUUUAAGCAGCAUUGCUUUUCAAAUCCUAAGAUUUGUAUAUUUAGGUCAGCUUGAAGUUCACUUAAGUAUUUUUUUUGUCUAAAAUUCAUUUACCUAGCUGCAGAUCCUCUUCCUUUUUCAAUCAUGGGAAAAAUUUAUUUUAUGAAAUUUUUGUAACUUAUUUAGUAUAAAAACAUAUUGCUAUUUAAAUGAAAACAACAAAGUGCUUAGUUAACUGUAAAUAGCUGUAAAGAGUCAUUAAAAGCUAUUUGUGUGUAUCAA